UUUUACAUAUUGGGGCAGGCUUUAAAAUUUCGUUUCAAUAAACUUUAUUCAUAUAUUGUGAACAUUGCAAUUUUUCAGCAAGGUUACCCUGACUUCAUUCACAGUAAUUUUCCGCUUCCGGUAGAGGUACCCCCUGAAGGAGGUUAAAGACUGUAGGUAUGGGCCACGGACAUGAGCACCACGGACAGGGGAAGCUCCAUCUGCCAGAUUAUCGACAGUGGAACAUAGAAGGAACGCCAAUGGAGGAUGUACAGAAAAGACUCGCAAAGCACGGUCUGCGGGAUCCAUGGGCAAGGAACGAGGCCUGGAGGUUCAUGGGAGGCUACGCUAAGCCAGCUACCUUUAAAGAUGUCAUGCUUAGAGGUUUUAAAUGGGGCUUUGCUGCUUUCGUGGUAGCACUGGGAGUGGAGUAUGCAUUAUUUCCUCCAAAGAAAUCUGAAGGUCACCAUUAGAUAAAAUAGAAAGCUCUGAUUCCCACACUUGCUGCUCUGAGAGAGAAUUAUAGUUUGAAAAUUGUAAUAAAAUGUCUUGACACCUAAA